UGCUUUCACAUUUACUGCAGCGGGGUUUGCCGGUGCAGCCUUCGUGUUUUCUGCUUAUUACUCCUAUGCUUAGCAAAAAUUUACCAGUUCUGAUGAUUUCACUUUAAUAAAAUCAACCUGUUCAAAAAACCAGGGCAGAACGAUGGCUUGUGCCGCGAUAAGCGAUUUCGCGUUGUUUUUCUUGGCUUCUGCGGGUAUUUUACUCGUGAACGCUGUGCCAACAAAACGGGAGACUAGCCUUUCCGGAAUGCUGGGCGCACUGGAUCGUCUUACGGCGGCACUGGAGACAUGCUGGAACUACACCGCGUGGAAUCUAAUCAUCCAAGCGGAGCAGGCACACCGGGGGAAGAAUCCUGUCUGGCUGCCGCAGCUCUCGAGGCCCCCUCCCGACCCUAAAGGUCACGUGCACCGUCCCUACCUGGACGAGACGAUCAGCCUGCCGUGUGCGGUUGGAUCAAGUCAGCCGAAUGAUGUGGUGUGGAAACACAAAGGUCACCAGUUACCCCUUAACCAGACGACGGGAGCCGUUCGCCACAGCCGCGCUCAUGACAACGCCCUGAUCCUGCACAACGUCACCUACGCGGCGUGGGGCAAGUUCGAGUGCCACCAGCGCUGUCCGAACUCCGGAUUAGGAACGUUCUGCCUGCAAGCAGAACACUGGGUCUUCCCCAAACCUCUUCCCGAUGUCCACGAGGUGUACGCGCAGUUAAUGCCGGAGGUCACUGUGCCGCGAUACAUGCCGUUCGCGGUGACCUGUCAGCUGGAUUUCCCCUGUGGUCCCAAUCCGGCGCAGCACUUCAUCUGGCGCUACCGCGGAAUGUACCUGGCCUGGCCGCCGGGUCACUACCUGCAGCAGACGGCCUGUAUCGAAAAAGACCGGCAGACGCUGAUGAUCCACACCACCUACUCCGAGAUAACGGGCGCCGACGGCCGCCUGCACUGCGCCUCCACGCUGACGCUGCACGUGCCCUGGCCGAACCACACCGGAGCCAAGCUGGCGUGCUGGGCACGCUCCGACACCACGCAGCAGGAGUGGUACAUCCUCACCACUCCCGUCCGGUUUAAUGGGAGUUUACCCUUCCCCGUAUAAACGCCGGCGGACGCGGAACGGUCCCGAAACCCAGAAAUGUUCCGAGGCAACAAUUUUGUGACACCGCGAUUUUUUCUUCUGAAAGAUCUUCACCGACCGAAAUCCUCCAUGACUGGUUUCUCCAACAAGCGAAGCGGGG